AGAACUGAGACUUCAAACAUACUGGAGACAGCAGAGAGACGCAAGGCACUGUCUUCACCCUCAUCUUGACUGAGCUGCUCUUAUGGGCAUCACCAGCAGUCUGCAGACUCCCCCUGGACUGCGUGCACAGGACAGCUGUCCCUAACUGCUGCCUCUGGAAUACAACUCUCCAUCACAUCACACACUGUGGGACUGCUCUGAAAGAGAGGAUGUAUCGGACACUCUUAUUUUCAGUCUUGUUAGCAGGAGUGCUAAUGAUGGUAGUGGAGUCCAGGAAAAACCGACCCCAGGGAGAAAUCCCUUCACCCUACAAGAACAAAAGCAACACCUCAGACAGGCGGACACGCAAGCAGGAAGUACUGGCCUCCAGUCAAGAGGCCCUGGUGGUGACGGAGAAGAAGUACCUGAAGAGUGACUGGUGUAAAACACAGCCGCUACGCCAGACAGUGAGCGAGGAGGGCUGUGUGAGCCGAACCAUAAUUAACCGCUUCUGCUACGGCCAGUGCAACUCCUUCUACAUCCCCAGGCACAUCAAGAAGGAGCAGGAGUCUUUCCAGUCCUGCGCCUUCUGCAAGCCGCAGAAGUUCACAACCCUCACUGUGGAACUGGACUGUCCAGGCCUGCAGCCCACUUUCCGCCACAGGAAAAUACAGAGAGUGAAGCAGUGCCGGUGCAUAUCGGUGAAUGUCAGUGAAUCGGGCAAACAGUGAGGCACCUACCCACGGACCAGAGACGGCAGCGCAAGCACUGCUUUGCCGUUACAUUUAUUUCUUCUCAAAGGAGAGAGCUCAUAAGACUUAUUUUUUCGAGAACAGAUAUUUUAUUAGAUUUUGUUUUUAUGAACAGCACAUUGCAUGAACCCGGGCCAACACCCAUCCUUCAAGAAGGCAGGCACUAUUCUGAUAUCAGGAUGCAAAUAAAACUGACUGGGAAACGAGUAACGCUCUAAUUGAUCAACAUUAAAUCACCACUAGGUGUACAUUUAUACACUACAUUGAAUUUAUUAAAGGAAAAAACAAUUGUAUUUCAUACAACAUAUGAACUGACAAGCUAUUAGAGGUGUAUUUAAACACUGACAAAGCAUGAGUUUUGAGUGGCCAAGCUAGAAUUGGCAUUCCCACCCAGACGUUUUCACCUAAAACUGAAGACUGCUACUCAAUACAUACAGUAUAUACAGUAAGGCUCCAAAACAGAUAAUAGGCUGCUUAAUGAAUCUGAUUUCUAUUAGAAAAUGUGCUGCUUGACAGAGCUUCCUUGAUUGUCAAGUACAAUCUAAAACUAGAGAACCUCAGACUCCAGGAGGGCCUGAGGUAACAGGCGCUACCUAAAUAUGGACUGAACUGAGAUUGUAUUGUUCAAUAUAUUGUGAAAUAUCACCAAGAUAUUAAAAGUGUACAAAUGGAAAAAAUAUUAAUCUAUGGUACAAUAAUUAUAUACCACCACAACUUUGACGAGCACUGAAUCAGGUGAAAAUGGGGGUGGCGAUAUGAAAGGGUCAAAUGCACACUGGUGCAGGGCUGGCAAAAUGUAAGGGCGACUUUAUACACAGGGAGCAGUACGAAGAGGAAAAGUUGUAUAUCUAGAGAAAAAAUAAUUAAAAUUAUAUAAUGUACAGUUAUGUUCAGUUUUGUCCUGUUUUAAACUAAAGUCUGCAAAUGUACAGAUUGGAUUUGACUGUAGUAUCUGCUCAGCAAUCUGUCUAUUUUACUGUAUUGAUAAAAAAAACUCUAGCUUCAAUCAGUUUACCGUGUUCUCUUUUGCAGAAUGAGAAGAAUGUAUUUAAUUUCAUUUAAAGGUAACUGGGAUUAAAAUUCUCAGAUGAAAA